AUGGGUGUUUCAAUUUGUCAAUAAUCAUGUUCUAUUAAUAAUCAUGGUGUGACUAAAUAAUAGUUAGAACUUUUACCUUUAAAUUUAGAUUCUAAAUGUAAUAAAUGUUAAAUCCAGCUUGUAGCAAAUUAGCUCAAAAUCAAAAUUUAAGAAGCUACUAAAAUUUGUUGUAUUUUACCAGAUGAUCCUGUGAGUAACAGAAUUUCUUUAAUUAGGUUCAAGCAGAGAAUAAUCUAGUAUAUAUGAUAGACCAGAAGCUUAGACUCCUUAUUUACCUUAUUCUAAUUAAGAAAGCAAAUAAUAAUCUAACUAAUAUAUUCAAUUAUUUGGUAAAGAUUUUACAUAAUCAAUUAAAAUUUAAUCAUAAUUAGUGAGUUCUAAUAAUGAAGAUAUAUUAUAAUGUAUAUGUAUCAAAAUUUAGAAUAGAAUUUUAGUAAUAAUAAUCUGGUUAAUCUUAUCCUAGAUUUUGUAAUGAAGAAAACAAAUAAUAAAUAUAUAGUUUAUAAGUUGUUGAGGAUAAUGUAAACUUUCAUUUUCAUUCAAGCUUGAUGAUUAUUUACAUUUCGAUUGGAAAAAUUCAAAAUUUUAACUAAUUAGUAUUAAUGAACAAAAUUUAUUAACAAAAUCAAAUCCUACAAUACCUACAAAAAAAUAAAUUAGAAAGUAAUUAUAAUGA